AUGCCAGCGGUUCAAAUAAGAACUCUCACGACUCUGAUUGAGGAUGAAAUGAAGCCUGGAAGCUUGAAACAGUUGAACGUAUCUGUUCGUGUGGGACAAGCUGUCGACGUUGUCGCUCAAGCAGGAAAACCGAAGACCAUCACCGGAUUCCAAACCCAUACCACACCAGUUCUUCUGGCCCAUGGAGAACGUGCAGAGUUGGCGAAUGAGGAAUAUAUUUCGGUAACACCACAUCUUGAAGGAUUAGUUAUUCUAAAGAAAAAUCCCGAAUAUCAGCCAGUGGUCGUGUCGUCAAAGAAGUAA